GAUCGAACCCACGACCUCUGCACUGUGAGGUAGACACGCUAACCACUGGAUCACCAGGCCGCCCCAUAGCUUUAUUAAAUAAAGGUAAUAAAUUGAACACAUAACACGCGACCUACCGUUUGCCACAAUUGACGCUGAGUAACUGAGCAGACACUCAGCCAAGUCGACUCUUCGUUUGCUAACUCCAAGGUCACACUGCAGAUAGUCACAGAUACUACAGUACUGCAGAACAUGAGGGUAGCCACGGUGCACCUCACAUGUAUUCAUUAUAUGUAUGCUUUCAAAUAUAUGUAAAUAAUAAAAUGUAUAUUUACUGUAGGUGCUACUUUGUGGAUUUCGUGUGUCGCGGGGAUGGUCUGCAAUGUGAACCCUGCAAUAAACCAGUCAUUACUGUAUGUUUAGCAUAAUCAGGUUUAAUCCAUAUACCGUAUGUAUGUGGGCGGCUCUGUCUUCCUGCUGGGUGCUGUCACCCUUCUGGGAAGACUGUUUUUUUUUUAAUCCAUCCAUUCUUGACUGGAGAAUGGAGCCUACCCAAGCUGACUUCCCACCAAGAGUACCGUACACACUGGAUUGGUCGCCAGUCAAUCACAGGGCACAGAAAGAGACAGAAAAACAUUCACUCACAUUCACGCUGACCCUGAGUGGGAACUUAAAGCCACACUGCCUGCACCCAAGUCAGCUCAUCAUGUCUCUCCUCUGUCGACUCGUCCACCUGCUGUCUCUUUAAGAGGCAUCGACGUCGCAGUGGGCGCACUCGAUGUGGGCCCUUCACAGCUGCAGGAUGCGCUUGGAUCCGCAUCGACUGCUGCGUCUUCUCGCCCCGCUGCCAGCGACGAGCCAGCCGCAGCCUCGGUGUCGUCGUUGUCCAUGUGAGCCGCACGCUCGGGUCCGAGGCUUCUGACAAGAGUCUAGCUGGAAGGACUCAGGGCCUCCCUCACUAGAGGCAGCAUGUCCUUAACUCUCACCCCAAGUAGGAAGCCCUCAUUAGGUCAGCGCAGGCGCUCAGCAGGAACGAGUGGCAGCAGCGGACGAUGCACCCACACUGACAUGUCCAGCACCAGCAACUACCCGCUGAAGGUCAAGGCGACUGAGGGAAGCCUCACACCUCGAAUCUAUCCUACUACGCCAAGGCGUCAAGCAAAGCAUACAAUAUGUAGUGACAACCAUGGGAUCAGGCCUCCUGCCCCGGAGCAGUACCUCACACCCCUGCAGCAGAAAGAGGUGAGCAUACGACACCUGCGAGCCAGACUGAGGGACAACAUGGAGAGAUUACAACACAGAGACUACGAAAUAGAUGAGCUGAGGACUCAGCUGUACAGGAUGCAGGAAGACUGGAUCGAAGAAGAAUGCCACCGCGUGGAGGCCCAGUUGGCCCUCAAAGAGGCCCGCAAGGAAAUUCAGCACCUCCAAGAAGUGGUGGAGUCUGUGAGGUCCAACCUGGGUGUUUGGAAGCAAGACCACGACCACAAGCCAUACACGAGGUCCCAGGAACCGAGGCUCGGCGGGAGGUCUCGAUCCUGCGGCUGCUCUCCCGCCAGCACGUUGACCCGCAGCAGGCACCUGAGUGGUGAGGCCCCGCAGGGCGAGUCAAGCCGAGCGCCGCGCCACCUGCUGCUGGAAACGACGGCACAGCAGGACUGCGCCGAGGGGACGCCGCCCCUCUUCCCUAGCUGUGACCGGCUGUGCCGAGCGGGCGCCGCAGUGUCCAUCUCACACUCCUGCCAUUCUCUGGCAGGAAGCUGCUACCUCCCUCAUCAUCACUUGUUCCUGCACUUACCUCAGGAGGAGCCCCAGGAAACCAUCGCCUCUGCCAUGACUGCGCCCGCCGACCCGGUCCCAAGCGUUCCGGCGGGGAGAAAGCUGGAGGUGCGCUCACAGGCCUGCAGCCCGACCAUGACCUGGGUUUCCCGCGAGGAAAGGGGCGCAGAGGAGCUGAGCAUCAUUUCCGCGGCAUCAAGGGACGUGAGCCCCGCGGAGCCCGUCGUAUUUUCAACGGCUUUACCUCCUCUGUCUCCUCUAGAGAUGCCCUGUGUGUGCCAACCCCACCCCGUGACCCCCCUUAGGCAGGAAGCCACCGUGCUGGAGAUGGAGGAGGGUGGCAAGGAGGAAGCAGGAAAUGACGAUUCGCUUCAGAGUUGCCACUGGAGCCCGUACUUCCUGGUGGAUCUGUUGGCUUUGGCUGUACCGGUGGUUCCGACCUUGGCUUGGCUGUGUCGCGGGGCGCCUCGGGACAUCGCACCCGUCUAUCACAUCGGCUCCCUGCUGAGAGGGUGUUGCGCCGUGGCCCUGCACUCGCUCCGUCGGAGACGCGGCGGGCCAGGACGCGGAUCGCCCAGCGUGAGUGGAACACCCAUCUGACUUGGCUUCUCAAACCGCCACCCUUCCUCAAACUUAAUACCCUUUAUGGACAGGCUGCUCUUGUUACAUUCAGCUUAAAUAAUAUUUCAAAAAAACUGACGUGAAUUUUUGGGAGUUACUUAUUUAUACACUUUGAAGAAUAGUUCUCAUCUUCAAGAUACUGUAUACAAUGGACCUCCAUUAUUUGUUGGGGACAGACCCAACCACAUCUCAAAACACUUGUAUCUCAAAUAGCCUAUUCCCUUUGAAAUGAAUGAACGUGCCAAUAAUCCGUUGCGGCCUCCUCCUCCAAAACUGAAAUUUUGGAAUGUUUUUUUUUCUUGAAGAGAAAAAUAGCACUCUAUAAUAUUGUACUUUCUAAAAACAAAGUAGUGUAGGAGUUUUUGUCAUACAUUUUGCCUUUUGGUGUGCAUAUCAUGGCCACCUUGGGGCAAUAUUAUACAGACAUACAAGGAGAUGUCCCAACUCCAUUCAUUUUCAACACUGCUUAUCCUGAAGGGGGUGGGGGUGGGGGGGUUGCUGAAGCCUAUCCCAGGUAACUUUGAGCAGAAGGCAGACCACACCCUGAACUGGUCAGCAGUCAGUCGCAGGGCACAUGUAGAGACAAGCAACCAUUGACACCCACAUCCACAC